GUACAUUGCCAUGGCUCCCGGUGCAAAAGUCGUUCACUUCAGCAACGAAGACGAUGAUCAGUUUAUAAUUCAUGAUAACAAGCACGCCUCUAAGCGAAGAAGAGUGCAAAACGGUGUGCAUGAGCGUGAGGCGGAUCAGCCUAAUGACCGACUGGAAUCCAGUCGUCCGAAAGCUCCAACUCAAAAACAGGAAAAGGAUUUGCAAAGACGAAAGCAAGAAUUAUUUGAAUUUAGAAAAAACCUUCCUGUUUUCACUGCUCGGGAUCAAAUCAUCAAAGGUGUACAAGAAAACGAAACUGUUGUCAUUGUUGGUGAAACGGGAAGUGGUAAAACAACUCAAAUCCCGCAAUUUUUGUUAGAGUGCGGUAUAGGGUCUCCAGGGCGAGGCGCAAUAGCGGUAACACAACCAAGAAGAGUAGCGGCAACCAGUUUAGCAAAGCGUGUGGCUGAAGAAGUUGGAACCACCUUGGGUUACAGAGUCGGUUAUACAGUGCGUUUUGACGACACCUCCUCUCAGCACACAAUGAUCAAAUAUCUGACAGACGGUAUGCUGUUGCGUGAACUUCUUUCAGAUAAACUAUUGCUGCGGUAUAGUGUUGUUAUGUUGGAUGAAGCGCACGAACGGACUUUACGAACGGAUAUGUUGUUUGGAAUGGUCAAGGAAAUACAACAGACUCGGAAAGAAAUGGUUCAACGUGGAGAAAAAAACGUUUGCGAACUCAAGAUCGUCGUCAUGAGUGCUACUCUAGAUGCUGAGAAGUUCAGCGAGUACUUUAACGGAGCUCGCAUCAUGUAUGUAUCAGGUCGACUCUUCCCAGUCAAAGUGUACAAUACUAUAGAACCACAAUCGGAUUACUUGGAUGCAGCAUUGGUCACAAUCUUUCAAAUCCAUAUGCGACGGCCGAAAGGAGACAUCUUGGUUUUUUUAACAGGUCAAGAAGAAAUUGAGACUUUAACUGCUCUAUUGACUGAAUAUGCCGGACAACUACCUUCAAAUGUACAAGCAUUACUUCCGUGCCCCUUGUUUGCAGCACUGCCUCCAGCACAGCAACAAAAAGUGUUUGAACCCGCACCACACAACACCCGCAAAGUCGUGCUGGCAACCAACAUUGCGGAAACUUCCAUUACCAUUUCCGGUAUUAGGUAUGUGAUCGACUGCGGAGUGGCGAAAGUUCGAGGAUUCAAUGCCAAGAUUGGCGUGGAGAGCUUGCUGGUACAUCCCAUAUCAAAGAGUUCUGCAAGACAGAGGAUGGGUCGUGCUGGUCGUGAGGCUGCUGGAUUUUGCUAUAGACUAUACACAGAACCUUCCUUUGGUAGCCUGGAGGAAAACACGAUCCCUGAAAUCAAGCGAUGCAAUUUGGCAGCUGCCGUAUUGAACCUAAAAGCAGCUGGCGUGAAUGAUGUUCUCCACUUUGAUUAUAUGGACCGGCCAUCUAGGACGUCAUUGUCUCGGGCUCUGGAGCAGCUGUAUUCAUUAAGUGCGAUUGAUGACAAGGGCACACUUACCCAAGAAGGAAAUCAGAUGGCCGAGUUCCCACUCGAUCCAGUAUUUUCAAAAGUUUUGAUUCAGUCGCAGCAAUAUGAAUGUACAUCUGAAGUCAUAUCGAUUAUAUCCCUUCUUUCGGUCGACUCAGUGUUUUUUACACCCCCCGAUAAACGAGAUAACGUCGCCGAAGCCAAGAAACGGUUUGUUCAUCCCGAUGGUGAUCACCUUACCUUGCUCAAUGUGCUCAAGAGCUACUGGGAAGUGAAGGGCGAUAAGGAGUGGUGCCGAGAAAACUUUAUAAAUAUGAGAAAUAUAAAAAUUGUACUGGACGUGAGGAAUCAGCUGAUCCAAUUUUGCACUCGAAUGGGCAUCGUUUCCAGCACUUCCGCAGGAAACGAAACGGACAACAUCCUCAAGUCUUUCCUCUCGGGCUUCUUUCAAAAUACUGCUUUACUCCAGCCUGAUGGUACAUAUAAAAGUGUGGUUGGAGGGCAAACCAUAAGCAUACAUCCCGGGUCAUCCAUGUUUGGCAAGCGGGUUGAGGCGAUCAUGUAUAAUGAAUUGGUAUUUACGACUAAGCAAUAUGUACGAGGAGUUUCGACUGUUCAAGGCGCUUGGUUACCAAUGGCUGCUCCAAAGUACUUUGGCAACUCGAAACUUGCAAGUACCACCACCACCUAGUAUAUCCCAUUUUGACUCCACGCGCGGCAUAAAAAAAAAAACCAAGUGGGUCGUACAGUCUGUGCGAGUAAAGGAGAGAGCACUUAAUAUUUUAUAAUGAGGUCAUAAUAAAAAAUGUUGAUUGGCAGGUCAAAAUGCUGAGCAAUGAAGCAAAACUUGUCAUAAUUUAGAUUAACCAAUCAGUCAAGACAUGACUUUUCAAUGUCA